AUGUAUGAGUAUUUUCUACCGUGCAAGGGCGCAAAGCAACAGGCGGUCAUACGGACCGAGAAUACAAAUUUACCGGGUUACGCGUUAUCCACCCCGCACAGGCUGUGCGAUACAGGACCAGCUCCGUCAGUCACUCCAGCCUGCCUCUCUCCGGUCGCUCUGAAGGCGCCCAGGCGGCACAACCCCGCUCCACAGCCCGACGUUCUACCCGGGACGCACCGGUACCUCGAAGAUCGAGACCAUCCUAGUCUGACUUCCUUCACAUUCCUCUCCUUUAUGGAUAUGUCCAGUGCGUUUCGGAUGAUGGUGCGACUCCUGUGUCUGGUGGCCAUCCUGGGGUGCACGCUCCCCUCCGCCUGGGGCUACCCGGCCGCCACCCCUCACCGCCGGGCCAGGCGAGAAGUCUCCGCCGCACCGAAGCCUCGCCCCGCCGAGAAGAGACAAGCCCCUCCUCGCGGCAGCCCCGGCCAGCUGGAGGAGAGCCUCCAUCAGCUGCUGCAGCAGGCCUCACUCAGCAAACCCGCCAAGACCGCGCCUAAGAUCAGCGCACUCCGUCCCAAGCCGGUCCAGCCCAUCUCCAACAUCCCCCCGCCAAGUUUCCAGAAUCUCGACCUCAGCUACCUCCUCGGCCCCGGCGCCAAGGACAGCGCUCCGCAAGUCGCCCCGCCUAAGUACGUCUCUACCCCGAAAACCAACCCGGACCUGCAGGACUACCUCAACCUGUUAUCACAGUACCAGCUGAGCGGAAACGCCGCCACCUCUCCAAACCUCCUCGCCGCCAACUACCCGACCACCACCGGCCAGGCCGACCUCCUCCCGCCCAGCGCCUACCCGCAGAACAGCUACACGGCGGACGACUACAUCGAGGAGCUGGAGGACGCGGUGUCCUACAUCAUGAACAAGCUGUACCAGUACCAGGCCAUGAAGCAGCUCGACAGCCAGUACGCCGACUACUACCAGCUCCUGCGCGAGAUGCCGGCUCCGCAGACCCGCGGCUUCGACUACGAUGACUACCUGGACCUCCUGGACCCCGCCCUGUACGGAGACGACCCGGCCUACGAGCAGGACUCGGCGGCAUACCGGGAAAACGAGCCCGCCAACGACGACCAGGAGUCCGCCAAGAACGAGACAGAGGGGGGAGAUUCUGAAGAGAGCAACAACGCAGCCGGCAGUGGAGACGAGAGCUCGGCAAGCGAGACGGAAAAGACGGACAACGCGGCGGAGAAAAGCAAGUGCGCCGAAGGAUCAGACAGAAAAGACUGCAACAAGAAGGACUCCGACAAGGCUGACCUCAUCAGCCGGCUGCAUAAAACCAGAGACUAGACCUGGCAACACUAUGAGAUCGUUUGUACCAACAUCUAGUCGGUCUAAAGGGUUUACAGAUGAAUGAACGGGAGAUAGGCAUCUGUAAUGCCAGGAAGUUUUCUCAGACAGGACAAGGGUAAAGGUUUAUUUCUGUUAUAGUCAUUUGAAGUGAGUUGUUGUCCAACAACGAUUGCUGGCGAUUGUGGGUGAGUGUUGAAGAUGACAAUGUAUAUUUUUGUAACAUAGUGUAAAGAAGAUUGGCUGUUAUCUAUGUUAAUCGGAAAAAUGUACAGACGAAAGAACGUUGGGAUUCUGCGGAGUCCGGUAGAGGUCAAGACAAAAGGAAGCGGCUUGAGAUUCAGUACCCUGGACAUGACUAACACCAUUUUGUGCUGCAUAUUCGGAGAACCUUAUCAGGAAUUUCCUCAUCUUAUUAUCAAUGUAAUAGAACUCAAGACUAACAUACACCAGUCAAGCAUGUAGUCUUUAUAUGCCUGUAUUUGUGUACGUCACGCAGCUGGUCCAUUCCGUUCUGUAUAUAUUGAAUUCAUUGGAUUGUUUUUCCUGUUGUCAGACGUUGGCCGACCUCGGCAAAUAUUAACAUCUAAUAUUCAGAAGUCAAGUGUUAGUAUUGUGUGGGUUCACGUUGACUUGGUAAACUUAGCGAUUCUCACAUCACUCUAGACGGACGACGAAAGCAUGGCUUCCAAAAAAAUCAAGCGUUUCCAGUUCGCACGUAUAUUUUUGUAAGGAAAUGUUUGUACAGGAGAUGUUACUAUUAUUAUAUCAAUGUGACAUAUAACCAGGGACGCACAUGUUGGCGCAAACAAACAAGUCUGUGCAGAUACGAUUUGUCAAGAUUAUCAGAGGAAAUAAAUAAACGGAC